CCGGCGCACCGUAGGCGCACGGCUGCCAACCGCCACAGGGUACCAUCCUGGCGAGAAUCGUCAAUGGCUGCAACAGACCAGCAACGCUACGGCCACAGUCUGAUAUAAAUUCAUACAAUACGUAUAUAUAAAUUCAUGUACGGUGACUAUGUACCAGAUACCUUUAAUAGGCGACCGCUUUGGGUAGACGGUCAAGCAACUUGGAAACAUGCACUCGAGUCUUGACUCGGACUGGUUGCGAAAUCACACACCUUUUAAAUUUUUCGCUCGACUUUCAAGACUUUUUUCGGUUUUGUCUCCUUAAAAUUCAUUCGAAAGCUUUGUUUAUGACUUUAUGACUCUCUUGUUCUCGCAAAUAUUUAGUUUGACUUUAUUUUUAACGGACGGUUACGAGCCUUAGCCCAUAGCGUAGCAAAUUCUAUCACCAUGAGCAUAUUAAACACGAACGACACCGUCUCCGAAGGCGAUACCGUUAUUGUGCACGUGGAUUUCGCGACACUACUCUCCGUGCGCGUUGAUCCCACGGUCCGCGAACCGACCGUCCAGACGAAAUACGGUGCGAUCCCGUAUAAAAACCUCAUCGGGCACAAGUACGGCACCAAGUACCAUUGCAAAAAGGGUUAUGUUUUUAUCCUCCGAGCCACGCCGGAACUGUGGACGAAGACCCUGCCAUUUCGCACGCAGAUUCUGUACUUGCCCGAUAUCAGUAUGAUCAUCAUGCAUCUGGACCUCCGACCUGGCUGCAUGGUGGGCGAAUCGGGUACGGGAUCUGGGUCCCUCUCGCACACUAUCGCCCGCACCAUUGCGCCUCACGGACAUCUGUACACCUUUGACUACCAUGAUCUUCGUGUACAGCAAGCGGAGAAAGAAUUCCUCCAACACGGCCUGAAUCAUGUUAUCACGGCCCGCAAAGCCGACGUGUACGCCGAGGGCUAUCUAGAGCUGGACGGUAUUCUCGAUGCCAUCCUGCUGGAUCUUCCGCGACCGUGGGUGGCGGUGCCAAAAGUCAAGAAGGCGCUGAAAAGAAGUUGUGGCGGAGCGCGCAUAGGCUCGUUUUCACCGUGUAUUGAGCAGGUGCAGCGGACUUGUUUGGCAUUGAAGCAGGAAGGUUUUGCGGAUAUUGUCACCCUGGAGUGCUUGAUGAGACCACUGGAAGUUAAAGCAAUUACGGUGAACUGUUGGAAUGAGCCCAAAGAGCCAGAGGCCGCAGCGGAAGGUGGAAAGCCGUUGAAAAGUCCGUUUUCGCAGACGACGUUCCCGGCAACGAUUGUGCCGGGAGAUGUUCCCGGUCAUUCCGGAUAUCUUACCUUUGCAUCUUUAUUUUAGGUUUUAGAUAACUGUUAAGUAUAGAUUUGUUUUUAAAAGUUCACCGUUACUGAAUCCAUGGUUGCUGCCUUUUUUUGGAGCCUUUGAAUGCUUUUUUUUGCGAAUGAUCGUAUGUUUUGAGCUGUGUUUAUGCC